AUGGCUCAGGAUAUUAUAGACUUGAUAGACGUCAAGACUGGCUUAAAUGCUCUUUACAUGCUAUAUUGCACUGCGCUAUUACCCUUAUGUGUCAUUGGGAUAGCUUAUUUUUACGCAGGUUUAACCCAAAGAAGAUCUUCUUUGACUAUGUUUGCACUCCCAGUGUGGUUGGUUCCGUUUGUGUUUCUUGAUUAUUUCAUAUGGAGUUAUUCAUUAUGUUAUUCAAGUUCUUCUAAUAGAUUUAUAGGGAAUUUGGACUUUACUGUAUUGCGAAACGUGAGAGACAAUGCCUUAUUAAUGUAUAAUACUUCAAGAGGUGAUAUAUUGGUCAUAAAUCACUUUUUGUUCAAUAGUUUGUUUAAGAUUAUUUGUGUUGGAUUAACAUUUCCAGGUUGUAUUGCAGAAAGAGGUAGAAUUCUUCCAAUGUUGGUAUUUCUUUUUUUCUGGUCUUGCAUGAUCUAUAAUCCUGUUACGUAUUGGUUUUGGAACGCAAAUGGUUGGCUUUCAGUCAAUUUAGACAGAUUACCAGUUCUUGAUUUUGCAGGUGGUAACUGUAUUCAUGUUGUAAGCGGUUUUACUUGCUUAGCUUAUUCUUAUAUCUUGGGACCCAGAAAUCCAAAACUAUUAUACAACUAUAGAAAUAUCAAUACUGGUUACAUUGUAAUUGGUACCUUUUUGGUAGCCUGUGGAUGGAUUGGAUUUAUUGGAGGUUGUGACUACAAGUUUUCCGAAUACUCGAUUUAUAUCUUUGUUAAUACUAUAUUAUGUGCUUGUGUUAGUGGAAUUGUUUGGACUGCCAUUGAUUAUUAUUUCUCGUUGAUACCUCUUGAAGGCACCGAAUUGGAUGAUUCUCUUAAUGAGGCAAAACUUUCUGCUAUUGCAUCGCACACAUCUUUAGCACCUCAAAUAUCACAAACAGGUGUAUUGCUUAAUCAACAUUUACAUGAAUCAAAGUCUAACUUUGUAAUGAGAAGAAAAGUUUCGAUGAUUUCAUUUUCUUCUGGUGUCAUGGCUGGUUUAGUAGUGAUUACUCCAGCAGGUGGAUUUGUGUCAUCGCCAACUGAGUUGUGGAAGAGUAUUGUUUUUGGAUUUGUGGGUGCUAUUAUUGGUAAUUUCUCAACAAGAUUAAAGUACUUUUUUAGAAUUGAUGAUGCCCUUGAUAUCUUUGCUAUUCAUGGAGUUGCUGGUAUAGUUGGUUCAUUAAUGACUGGAAUAUUUGCCAAUGAUCUUUAUAGUUCCCGUGGAGGUUGGGUCAAAGGUCAUUGGAUUCAAUUAGGGUAUCAAGCCCUUGGUUGUGUGGUGGUAUCAUCGUACACAUUCAUUAUGAGUUGUGUUUUCUUAUACAUAAUUGACCUUAUUCCAGGCUUACAUUUAAGAAUUGAUAAAGAUUUUAAUAAAAGGAUUAGAGAGCAAGCUGAAAGAGAAAAGCAACAGGGCAACAAUAAUGAAUUGGAAUCACAACUUUCACCACAAGAUGCUACUAGAGUUGACUCUACUAGUGAAAUGAGUUAUUUGGAGAAGGUUGAAUUAUCUGGUACAGAUUCUUAUGAAUUUAAUGGUGAAUAUUUGAUGGAUUUUAUUGAAUUCAUUAAAAUAAUACGACCCCAAGAUUAUGAAGGAGAAGAAGAAGGUGAUGAUCAAUUUAAAAACUAUAAUGCUAUUGAUAACAAUAUUCAUGGUUAUGGUCAUGAUUUUGAGCUUCACUCUCCAGAUAACCAGCAUUUAGUUAAACGAGAAUAA